CCUCCCCCUCUCCCCCCCGCACGGGCGGCCAUGGCGGCCGGGAAGAGCUCGUCGGCCUCCAAGGAGGACCAGUACGCGGCGCUGCGGGAGCUGUACCGGCCGCACAUCGACUCGUUCGACUACUUCAUCGACGAGGGGCUCGACAAGAUGCUUCAGUCCAUCCGCCCCGUGGAGAUCACCGUCCCCAACUCCCCCACCACCCUCAGAAUAUCCUUGGAGAAAGGUCAUCUGUUCCCACCAAAGAGGGAUGGUCGGUUGGAUGCACCGCUCUACCCCCAGCAGUGCAGGCAGGCACGGACGACGUAUCAUGGGGAAUUUAAAGUGGAUACUUUCAUCCAAUGUAAUGACGGACCAGCUGUCAGGCAAACCUUCAAUUUUGGUUACUUGCCUAUUAUGUUAAUGUCAAAGCUUUGCCAUCUAAGAGGUGCAGAUUCUGAAAAAUUGAUUUUCCAUGGUGAAGAGGCAACAGAAAUGGGCGGGUACUUCAUAUGUGGUGGGAUGGAGAGACUUGUACGGAUUCUUAUUUUACAAAAACGUAACUAUCCUAUGGGCCUGAUCCGUGGCUCUUUCGUUAAUCGUGGUGCUGGGUACACUGACAAAGCAGUGAUCAUAAGAUGUGUCCAAGAUGAUCAGUCCAGUGUGACAAUAAAGCUGUAUUACCUCCUAAAUGGCAGUGCAAGGCUUGGGUUCUGGUUGGGAGGCAGAGAAUUUCUCCUUCCUGUUGGGAUUGUUCUCAAGGCCCUAAUUGAUACUAGUGACCGGGAAAUAUUUACAAGCUUGACAUGCUGCUACAGUGAUCAUUAUGAAAGAGGAAAGGGAGUUGUCAGCACUCAACUUAUUGGUGAAAGGGCACAAAUAAUUCUUGACGAAGUCAGAGACCUGUCUCUUUUUACUCGCACAGAAUGCUUGUUGCAUCUUGGAAAGUACUUCCGAUCUGUGAUGGAAGGAUUUGAGAAAGAUGAUUUUGAAACUGUUGCUGAGGCAGUUCUUAAGGACUAUAUUUUUGUUCACCUGCAAAACAACCAUGACAAAUUUAAUUUAUUGAUAUUUAUGCUGCAGAAACUUUAUGCGAUUGUAGAUCAAACUGCGUCACCUGAUAAAGCUGAUGCUCUACAGUACCAGGAAGUUCUCUUGCCUGGCCACCUGAUAACAGUUUUUCUAAAGGAUAGACUUCAAGAUUGGUUGAGAAAGUCCAAACGGUUAAUUGUUGAAGAGGCUACAAAAAAUAAAAGCUUUGAUCUCAAUGACUCACAGGAGGUCAGGAAAUUUCUCAGUAAAACUUCAGCAUAUGUUGGCAAAGCUAUUCAGAGUAUGAUAAAGGUCGGAAAAGUAAAUUCACAAUCAGGGCUAGAUCUGCCACAGCGAGAUGGGAUGACCAUUCAUGCUGAACGGCUCAACUUUCAUCGUUAUAUUUCGCAUUUCCGGUCUGUGCAUAGGGGUUCUAGUUUUGCUAAAAUGCGUACGACAUCUGUGAGGAAGUUGCUUCCAGAGUCAUGGGGUUUCCUCUGUCCUGUUCAUACACCUGAUGGAGAGCCUUGUGGUUUACUGAACCAUAUGACUUCCACAUGCCGUAUUUCAUCCUUUUACAACUCAGAAGGGGCAACUAAAGAUUUUCAGAAAAUAAAGAUGUCACUUAUUGCUCGUUUGGUUGGCGCUGGAAUGGCCCAACUGUUGCCGAGGAUAGAGCGAACUGGUCCUCCAGAAGUCCUACAUGUCCAUGUGGAUGGAUGCAUUGUUGGUUCCAUCGCUUCUGCUAAGAUUGAAGAAGUAGUAAAUCAUCUUAGAAGUUUAAAAUUGCUUCCACAUUCAGGGAUUCCAGAGGAUUUGGAAGUGGGUUAUGUACCCUUAAGCCAUGGUGGGGCUUAUCCUGGACUAUACCUUUUCACCAAUCCAGCUAGAUUUCUUCGUCCGGUCAGAAGUCUCUUAGGUCUAUCCAAUGGAGGGCCAAAUAUUGAGCUGAUUGGACCAUUUGAACAGGCAUUCAUGGAAAUACGAUGCCCUGAUGGUGGGGAUGGUGGAAGAAACAAAUUAUUUCCUGCAACUCAUGAAGAAAUCCACCCUACAGCCAUUCUUAGUGUAGUUGCAAAUUUGACACCUUGGUCUGAUCACAAUCAAAGUCCUCGGAACAUGUACCAAUGUCAGAUGGCAAAGCAAACCAUGGGAUUCUGUGGCCAAGCUCUAAAAUUCCGUACUGAUGUAAAAGCAUUUCAUCUACAGACCCCUCAGACACCAAUUGUCCGGACAGCUACAUAUAGCAAGUAUUGCAUGGAUGAGUUCCCAUCCGGAACAAAUGCUAUUGUUGCGGUGCUAUCAUACACAGGGUAUGAUAUGGAGGAUGCCAUGAUUUUGAAUAAAUCCGCUGUUGAUCGUGGGAUGUUCCGUGGGCAUAUUUUCCAGACUGAGUGCAUUGAUUUAUCAGCAAAAAGUAGAGAUAAUGUUACGGAGUUCUUUUGCAAGAGUAAUCUUUCGAGGGACACUACCGCUGCAAUCGAAUCAGAUGGCCUUCCUCGGAUUGGAGAGAACAUAUUUCCAAAUGAGCAGUACUACAGCGUCUGUAACAAUCUCACUGGUACAGUAAGGCCUAUCAAACUGAAGGGCUCAGAACCUGCAGCUAUUGAUUAUGUUGCUGUCAAUGGGACAAAUUUUAAGGAUCGUCUACAAAAGGCUAAUAUUCGUCUGCGUCGCGUGAGAAAUCCUAUAAUUGGUGACAAGUUCAGCAGCAGACAUGGUCAAAAGGGAGUUUGUUCGCAGUUGUGGCCUGAUAUUGAUAUGCCAUUCUCUGCUAAUACUGGGAUGAGGCCAGAUCUCAUCAUUAAUCCCCAUGCAUUUCCUUCACGAAUGACUAUAGCAAUGCUCUUAGAGUCGAUAGCAGCAAAGGCCGGAAGUCUGAAAGGGAAGUUCAUUGAUGCAACGCCUUUUGCAAGCUCAGUUAAAGAGAGAUCAAAUUCCAUUGUGGAUGAACUGGGACCCAUGCUUGCUUCUUAUGGAUUUAAUUACCAUGGAACAGAAAUUCUAUAUAGUGGAGUUUUUGGCACUGAGAUGAAAUGUGAGAUUUUCCUUGGACCUGUAUACUAUCAACGCCUUCGUCAUAUGGUCUCAGACAAAUUUCAGGUUCGUACCACAGGGCGAAUAGAUCAGAUCACAAGACAGCCAAUAGGAGGAAGGAAAUACGGUGGAGGGAUUCGGUUCGGUGAGAUGGAGCGAGACGCGCUUCUCGCUCAUGGUGCCUCUUACCUCCUACAUGACAGGCUCCAUUCCUGCUCCGACUACCAUAUCGCGGACGUGUGCUCCAUCUGCGGGAGCUUGCUGACGGCGACGGUGAUCAAAUCCGAAAGCCAGAAGAAAGCCAAGCGCGACAUGCUCGGGCUCCCCACCGUAAAACCUCCCAAGAACUUUGCCUGCCAGGCCUGCAAAACAAGCAAAGGGAUGGAGACCGUCGCCAUGCCUUACGUCUUCAGAUACCUGGCCUCCGAGUUGGCGGCCAUGAACAUAAAGUUGGAGCUUCGGCUCAGCAAUAGAACAGAGCAUCCUACUACUACCAGCGAAGAAUCCUGAAUGAUUUGUCUUGGUAGAUCUACUCUGAAGAUAUUAUAAUCACUGGUUCAUCUGGAGCUGGCAGGGCACAAGUGUGCAGUCAUGCCAUCCGCGGCAGUGUCCUGGGGGAUACUGAGAAGUUUUGCUUAGAGGAUGUCUCCAGUUUUGUUGUGUGUCACUGCUGUUUUGUUUCAUGAAAAGGCAGAGUCUGUUGUAUCAAAACAUCAAUGAUUAUACCAAUUUUAUAACAUUAGACGUAACUGAACUUGUGUGCAUUGCAAUGACACAUCUGAAAUAGUGAAAUACGAAGCUUUAUUCGAGAGAUUUGGCAA